CUUGUGCUGCUUGUCUACCUCAUUGGCUCGUCAGGGCGCAUAGAGUUAUUCAGGGCGCUCGUCGUCAGCAGCGCACUACGUUUUAUCGCGCUCUACAUCUGUGGGAGCAAAAAGGGCGUUGUUUGAGUGGUUCGUGGUAGCUUUUAGGCACCGUUGCGUGCGUUGACGUUGCAAGUGCUGAGUUGUAACCACCCUGAUUGUUGAGGCCGGAAUCGACCGAAAUUCUGCGAAGAUGGCGUCGGCAGAUCAGAUCUGCUACACCCUUAUCAACAUACCAACAGACUUGGAGCCUCCAAAUGAAAUGCAACUUAGAAACGAUCUGGAGAAAGGGGACCUGAAGACUAAGGCCGAGGCGCUGAAGAAGACGAUCCAUCUGAUGCUGAAUGGAGAGAAAUACCCUUCCCUGCUGAUGACCAUCAUCCGCUUCGUGCUUCCCCUCCAAGAUCACACGCUGAAGAAGCUGCUUCUGGUCUUCUGGGAGAUUGUGCCCAAGACAACUCCGGAUGGCAAGCUGCUCCAUGAGAUGAUCCUGGUCUGCGACGCUUACCGCAAGGACCUUCAGCACCCGAACGAGUUCAUCCGCGGCUCGACGCUGAGGUUUUUGUGCAAGCUGAAGGAGGCUGAGCUUCUGGAGCCGCUGAUGCCUGCCAUCCGAGCCUGCCUGGAGCACAGACACUCCUACGUGCGGCGCAACGCUGUCCUCGCCAUCUUCACCAUCUACAAGAGCUUCGACUUCCUGAUUCCGGAUGCGCCGGAGCUCAUGUCCAACUUCCUGGAGACGGAGAUGGACAUGUCGUGCAAGCGCAACGCCUUUAUGAUGCUGAUCCACGUCGACCAGGAGCGAGCGCUCAGCUACCUGGACUCGUGCAUCGACCAGGUCCACACCUUCGGUGACAUCCUGCAGCUGGUCAUCGUCGAGCUCAUCUACAAGGUGUGCCACGCCAAUCCCGCGGAGCGUUCUCGCUUCAUCCGCUGCAUCUACAACCUCCUCAACUCGAACAGUCCGGCCGUGCGCUACGAAGCGGCUGGCACCCUUGUCACCCUGUCCACCGCACCCACUGCCAUCAAAGCUGCGGCGAGCUGCUACAUCGAGCUCAUCGUGAAGGAGAGCGAUAACAACGUGAAGCUGAUUGUCUUGGACAGGCUCAUUGCCCUCAAGGAUGUCCCGUCUCACGAGAGGAUACUCCAGGACCUUGUCAUGGAUAUUCUGAGAGUUCUGGCCGCAUCCGACCUCGAGGUUCGCAAGAAAACCCUGAACCUCGCCCUGGACCUUGUCUCGUCCAGGAACGUGGAAGAGAUGGUGCUGGUGCUGAAGAAGGAGGUGACCAAGACCCACAACACGGUAGAACACGAGGACACCGGCAAGUACCGGCAGCUCCUGGUGCGGACGCUGCACUCGUCCUGCGUCCGUUUCCCCGAUGUCGCCCACGCCAUCAUUCCCGUGCUGAUGGAGUUUCUGUCGGACACAAACGAACAAGCUGCCGCCGACGUGCUCGUCUUUGUGAGAGAAGCGAUGCAGCGCUUCGACCAGUUGCGGGGGCUCAUCGUCUCCAAGCUGCUCGAGGUCUUCUCAACCAUCAAGUCCUCCAAAAUCCACCGUGGAGCACUCUGGUUGCUCGGCGAGUACUGCACGACAGUGGAGGACAUCCAGAGUUUCAUGACCGAGAUAAGACAGGCUCUCGGGGAGAUUCCGAUGGUGGACUCUGAGCUGAGGAGAGUGUCGGGAGGAGACCAGGAGAACAAGGAAGACGCCGCCAUGACGGGCACGGUGCAGCGCCUGGUCACGGCAGACGGAACGUACGCGACGCAGAGCGCGUUCAGCGCUGCACCGGCAUCUGCCGCUGCACAGGCUGCCAAACAUCCUCCUCUGCGUGGUUACCUCAUGGAAGGCGACUUCUUUGUCGGAGCGGCCUUGGCUUCGGAUUUGACCAAACUGGCUGUCCGUUAUGUCGCUCUGGUGAAUGAGCCGCGCAAGAAAAAUGCCUUUGUUGCCGAGUGUAUGCUCAUCAUGACUUCAGUACUGCAUCUCGGGAAGUCUGGACUGCCAACAAAGGCGAUCAAUGACGAUGACGCCGAUCGCAUCUGCCUGUGCCUGAAAAUCCUGUCGGAUCAGUCAGCAACCCUGAACACCGUCUUUGGCUCUGAGUGCCGCAAGGCCCUCUCUGCCAUGUUGGCUGCGAAGAUGGAGGAAGAGCUGGAGUCUCAGAAGGCAAAGCAGGUCAAAGGUGUCACAAUUCACGCCGAUGACCCCAUCUCGUUUGGACAACUGGCGUCCAAGAGCAGCGUUGCCGGCACGGAGAACAUGUUUGAGGUGAGCCUCCACGCCGCGGUGGGGGUGCCGCGCCGCGACGGUGCCGGCGACCUGCUGUCGGCAUCCAAGCUGUCCAAGGUCACCCAGCUGACUGGCUUCUCGGACCCGGUAUACGCUGAGGCCUAUGUGCACGUGAACCAGUACGACAUCGCCCUGGACGUGCUCGUGGUGAACCAGACGGCGGACACCCUCCAGAACUGCACGCUCGAGCUGGCCACCCUGGGCGACCUGAAGCUGGUCGAGAAGCCCACACCGGUCGUGCUCGCGCCCCACGACUUCUGCAACAUCAAGGCCACCGUCAAGGUGGCGUCGACGGAGAAUGGCAUCAUCUUCGGCAACAUAGUGUACGACGUGAGUGGAUCCACGAGCGACCGCAACGUGGUGGUCCUCAACGACAUCCACAUCGACAUCAUGGACUACAUUGUGCCGGCGUCGUGCACAGACACGGAGUUCCGGCAGAUGUGGGCAGAGUUUGAGUGGGAGAACAAGGUUUCAGUGAACACAUCGCUUUCAGACCUGCCAGCCUACCUGCAACACUUGAUCCGGUCUACCAACAUGAAGUGCCUCACUCCAGAAAAGGCACUUUCCGGCGAGUGUGGCUUCAUGGCGGCUAAUCUGUACGCCCGGUCGAUCUUCGGCGAGGAUGCCCUGGCCAACGUGAGCAUCGAAAAGAACCCCAACUCCCCGGAUUCGCCGGUGGUCGGACACAUCCGGAUUCGUGCCAAGAGCCAGGGCAUGGCACUGAGUCUUGGGGACAAGAUCAACACCACUCAAAAGUCUUCUCCCAAAGUAGGGGCAUGAACGGGUUCCACUCUCAACAUCUUUUUUUUUUCUUCCGGUACUUUUUUUGAACAGUUGCACCUUGUAAGUAUGAAUAAAGAAGUGGACCAAUCUCGGAAAA